AUGUUCCUCAGCAAGUGUGAGGGGGAGCUGAGCGAGCUGCAGAAGAGCGUGGACAGUGAGGGGACCACGCCGGAGAACCUGGAUGAGGAGCAGCCCAAGAAGAAGCAUCGCCGGAACCGGACCACGUUCACCACCUACCAGCUGCAUGAGUUGGAGAGGGCCUUUGAGAAAUCUCACUACCCGGACGUCUACAGCCGCGAGGAACUGGCCAUGAAAGUCAACUUGCCAGAGGUCCGGGUUCAGGUCUGGUUCCAGAAUCGGAGGGCCAAGUGGCGCCGGCAAGAGAAGAUGGAGGCCAACUCCAUGAAGCUCCACGAUGCCCCCAUGCUGUCGUUCAACAGGCCACCCAUGGCACCCAACGUGGGGCCCAUCGGCAACUCCCUCCCCUUGGACCCGUGGCUGACGUCGCCCAUCUCCAGCGCCACGGCCGUGCACAGCAUCCCGGGCUUCAUGGGCCCCACGCAAGGCCUCCAGCCGGCCUACACAGGGCACUCCUUCCUCAACAGCCCGCCCGCCAUGCCCCAGAGCAUGCAGCCCAUGGCACCCGCCGCCUACCAGUGCGCCACCACCUUUGUAGACAAGUACCCUCUGGAGGACGUGGACCAGCGGAGCUCCAGCAUCGCUUCGCUGCGGAUGAAGGCCAAGGAGCACAUCCAGACCAUUGACAAAACAUGGCAGCCCAUUUGA